AUAUUGACCCCUCCAAGGGGGGUGCAAUCCGUUCAGGUUAAGUUGACUACAAGAUCGCGACAAUUUGACGCAUUUUCUAGCUUGAAGUCAUGUUCACGUAUGUUGAGAUCUCCUAUUAAUCUCUGGGUACUUGACGUGCACCACUAAUAUGAUUCAGUUGGUGCAAUGAAUUGAACACCGAAAACCAUGAUCAAUAUGCAUGAUAGCAUCACGUGCCAGGCUAUAUAACUUUUCCUUCAUCGUGUACAUACUGGAUGUAAAGUUCAUGGUCAUUCAAUGACAACACCCUUGUCCGCCCAGUCUUUCGUUAGGCUCCUAAAAGCCCCUACAGAUCCACCUUAUCCGGAGAGCCCACCAAAAAUUCAGAUCGCUUGUGCAGCAUGGGAUGAUGCUGCCAUUCACAUUCCAAAUAAGCACGAGCUCAUCGCCGAAUUCAUACUCACACGGCUACUCAAAGACAAGUCAAAAACUAGCGACAACCCGGUAAUUGAUGCGCGGUACUGGUCCCUUCUUCGCAAGGUUUUAGAUGGCAGCGUAGGGGCAGGUGCACGUGGCAUCAAGGUCUGGCUUGGUUCUCUUCUCAAUCGCACACCGCUCGCACCAAUCAUCAUCUCUAUCCUCUCUCUGCUGAGGGAUCUGCCAGUUACAGAGGCGAAAGAGCUUCUUGCGCUCGUGCGUCCGUGCUUCUCUGUCCUGUGGCCGUUAAGUGUCCACAAAAUUGGCGUGGAGACGCUACUAGAGUGCCUUGGCGCUGUACUGAAUGUCUCUGCUGAGUUGGUCAAUAAUGAGAUUUUGGGAGGGAUUUGUGAAGCAAUUGUAUCUUCAUAUAGAGAAGCACUAGGAAAUGCGGGGAACAAGAAGAAGCUACCCGCGACCUUCCUCCAAACCUAUCUGUCAUCCUGGAUUCACGCAGUCUCGCCGUCAUCCCGUCUGUCUCCACAGCUGAAUAAAGCAGUAUAUGCUGCAGGAACAGAGACUCUGUUCUCUCUCGAUGCUCUUCGUGCAUCCCCCUCAUCUGAGAGCUUAUUCACAACCCUAUCUUCGUCUAACUCGCCUUCCACAACAAAUCCGGCCAUCACGCUCCUACCCCGCCUUUUCAGCACCCAUACACACUUCCUGCGGCGGUUUCGCACCAGUUUGUUUCCCACUUCCCAGAAUAAAAUACAAAACCGUGAAAACGACAUGAGAAUGACAUCCAUGACAUUCUUCGCAUCGUGCCUCAAGUUAUUAGCCGGGAACGAUCUGAGUUGGGAAGCACGAGUAGGUUUGAUCAGCAUUAUUGAGAGUGAGCGCAUUUAUGCGAGUCAGGGUGUGGGAGAAGUGGAGCUGGAAGUGGUCAGAGAGGAUGCGGUACGGGUAUUGGAAGACGAAGCGGAAGAAGAGGUGGUACGUUUGGCUUUGGACGUGUUGGCUGCGCUUGUGAGGGUCGAUUAUGAUGUGAUUGAGCCUGUCGUAGGAAGGGUACUUCCUCGGUUGAUCUUGACUCACUCACCUCCCUCCAUACAAAAAUCAGCCAACGUUCUUCUUAGCCUCCUCCUCGACUUUCAUUCCAAGACGCGCACGUUAUACGCAUACAUUCAUGCACUCUUUGACGCCUGUGCCUCUCUUCCUUCCAUUAGAUCCCUUGUAUCACCACAAGAAUUCUACGGCCGCGGACGGACCUCUGCUAUCCUUGCGCACACCCAUCUUUCCUCGCUCGCACAAGCGCUCCGUACAUUCCUCACACCCACUCAAGUAAAAGAGGCAGCUCAGAUUACCCAGACUCUCAAAAACACUUUCAAUACCUACCAAAACCUUUCCUCACUCAUACAAAUCAACGAGUUGGAAGACAGGCCGCGUAAAAAGCGACGGAAAAGCGAGCCCGCUCCGCCAUCUACGAGUCCAGCGCCAGCGCAAGCCAUGCAGGAAGUAGAUACGCAUGCACUUUCACUUUCCCUCACUCUCAAGUUCGCGGCUCUGUGCCUGUCGAACCUCCCCGGUUCGUUCGUCACCGCCGAGGUCCGCGAGGCUGUGCUUGAGGCGGGCGUAUGGGCCAUCGAUGCCGCUCGCUCGCUUCUUUGUAACAGGACUUCUAAAAUAUCCUGUGCAGACCAAGUGACAGGUGCUGCGCUUCUUCGUUUGGCGUAUCAUCUACCGGCUUGGAGGUGCGGCGGAGAACAAGGAGAUAUGCGAGGACUAUUGGGCGUUGCCAAAAUGGAAGAGGGUGUGGAGGGCGAGCUAGUGCUUGAAAUCCUGCGGUUUCUCUUUGCGUGGUCUUCUAGAUCGGUAACCGAUCUAGAAAUGGAGACUGUAUUAGACGUUGCCCUGACAUAUAUUGAGGCGCAAGUAGAGAACACGGACGGUUUGAUGAUACUCUACCUAAUCGCCGAGCGGUGGUUAGAUCUUGUAGAUGCCCAAGGAUCUAAACCUUCCCUCGAUCGUCUGAUCAAACUUAUAUUCUCUAUUUCGCCCAUGUCUACUCGUUGUGCGGAUGUGCAGGGCUUGCAGCCAAAAGAUGUCCUCUGGGGUGUUUUGCACAAUGCACAGUUCUGGGAGAUGGGGAAUAUACGAACUUCCGUUCUUGCAUACCUCACGUCCUCGCCUAACUCUCUGAAAGGUUCUGCGUUGGAUCAGCUUAGCAACACUUACUACCUCCUCUUAUACGUUCCCCUUGAGUACCUCACUAAACAGGCUCGCGUGGAGCUUGUGCGCCGGGCAAUGGAGGGGGAUGUCACCAUCUCGUCAUUGCUGCGUGCAACCACCGGAGAGAGAGCAGCAAAUGGCAAACGUAAGCGUGACGAAGGAAGGGACCUAGAAGAUAUGAGGCAAACGCUCAUGCACAUACGUGUAUUUCUUCAACGGAUGGGGAAACUCGGGUAUCUGAACACGUCUGAUCACGAAAGCGCCAGAGACUAUGUGAAGCAUCUUAUGAAUAUGGAGGAUAAUGCGGCAUUGAGAGAGGCCACGAUAAAUCUUGCGGAACUCUUUAUUGUUGCGCUCCUGCGAGCAUCAGAUAAAGAACCUUCUGCUUCAGCCGCAUGUGCUUCUAUCUUCUGUUCUCUCGCGCAGUCUGGUUCCCUUGAUGAAGAGAGCGUUCCCCAGUUAUGUGUGCUCCAGCUUGUUGAGCGUCUCGGACAGGAUUUUUCUGUUUCUAGUCUUCCCGACUCGAUAAUUGCAUCAAUAAAAGAAUUGCAUGCUGCACUCACUCCGGUUUCACACCCCAACGUCAUCGAUACGCUCCCCGCGAGCAGGACUAUUAAAGUACGGGCGCGCUACCUUUCAUUUGGCCAUUGGUUAGGCGUUGCCGCUACUUCAACAUCUGGGUACAGCCAACAAAUUGCAGUCGCCCUCUUGCGAAAGAAAGAAAAAUGCAAGCCUUCUGCAGAAAUCUUGGGACUUCUUUUUGAGGAAUUGCGUUGUUUGCCUAAUGUUGACCGCGGGAUGCAUCUUGACCUAGCAGUAGGAGUAUUUGUAUUUUCUACGGAAGCUGGAGACAUCAAAUCCUUGGAUGAAGUCAUCUCAAGCGGGUGCAAGCAUCUUUCAGUUGAUGACUUCUCACAUCUACUGGACACAGUAUAUGAGGCACUUGAAAGCACACGAUUUCCUCUAGCUCAAUGCGUGCGUCUAGUGCAUGCGGCUACUGUCCUGUUGCGUGAUGCACCUCAAGGGACUUUGAAGGUCGUUCAGGGGUUUUUCAGUCAGUGUCUGAACCUUUUUAUUGGACACUUACAGUUCUUCGCGGGUCCCGUGGACCUGAAGCUAGCUUGCCUUGAGUUUGUGGCUCGGCAAUGUUCAGACAGACCUGCAGCUCUUCGCCCUGUCGAUCCGGGUCCUAUCCAUGUCCUGCUUUCUAAAAUCCUGUGCAGGUCUCCAAUACAUGACAGUACCACCACACCUGCGGUCUUCCAUACCUCCACUACCAUCCUAAACGCACUCGUUCGGCUGCGGCGCGAUCUUGUCGUCCACAUUUUGCCACAUCUGGGGAUGAUCCUCCGCCAACUGGUCUCAUGCACACGUAGUCUACGGCCCCAGCUAGCUGCAAAGCAGAGCCGCAUCGUCACCGACACCCUCCCAUCGUGGAUAGCACCAUCUGAGCCCCUAGGUGUGCCAGAAGCUCGUGCACUUGCACGGCUCUUCACCUCCUUGACGACAAAAAGUGUUCCCCGCGCUCACAUGCAGCCCAAUACAGAGCAAAAGGCGGAGAGCCUUUCAAAACCGUUUGCUAAACACGCUGCUUAUGUGGUCACUGCGCACAUUGACGCUGUGAACGACCCAUUGUGUGUCAUGCGGGCGGAUGUGAGGCGUGAGCUUGAGCCGGGCCUGUUUUCGCUGUGCGAGAUGAUGGGUACGCACAGUCGUGAUGCCGUUAUGGUGAGUGCGUUGGACACAGGUGGGAAGAGCGUGAUGAAGGCACUCUGGAAGGAGUAUGAAAAACAGCGGUAUAUCGGGAAGGGGUAGAGCUCCACAUUCAUAUUGGAUACAUCUAUACAUAUUGCCGAUCUGUCCACUUGCAUUGAUUCUCUUCACAACUACGUUGGUCUAACGGCCUUGACGUACACAUCUCUAAACAGGGACUUCUUCUUGGGCGGUGCAUUCUCGGGUUUCCAUCCCGCAGCAGCCUUCUCUUCUUUGAGCGU